AAGGGCCCGGAUGUAACGGGUUUAAAUUUGAACCAAACACCUAACCAAACCUAUUGCCAUGGAGCUUAAACUAAUGUACCCCGCCUACCUCCUAGAAAUAAAGGGGAGAUUGUAGGUCCUCAGGGAAAAAGCCUCACUUCCCCAAGUCAUCCAACUGACGAAUGGCAGAAUGGGUACCAGAUACCCAAUUAGUAUUCUUUUAAACUGUAUGGCCAUCAUAGAAAGAAACAUGUCAUUAAGAUAACAGUUCAGAUCUUAGAAAUAUGGACGGGGGUUUUACUUAGGCAUUCUGGGUUCAUGCGCUGGAAGAAACCCCAGCUAAGUCCUUCCUACCUCUGGGCUUCUCCAUUACCCAUUUGCUUGGCAGGCAGAAUCCCCUAAAUGGCAGUGAGUUUGGUUUGGUUUUGGUUUGGCAGUUAUUUGUGCCAAGCUCUAUGGUAGAAACUGGUGAUAGAGAGAGAAACAAGAAGCAGCCUUCCUAGCAGAAGAGAAACGCUCCCCUCAACCCCGGGAUUCCAGUAACUACCAGGUGUCAACAGAUGGCGCUGAGUGAUUGCUUUAGUGUGACCUAUCCUGGCAAGCCCAAACUGGGGGACUUGAUCGAGGUGUUUCGUCCUGGCUAUCAGCACUGGGCACUGUACUUGGGUGAUGGCUACGUUAUCAACCUCGCACCUGUAGACAAUGGCAUUCCUGCAUCAUUUACAAGUGCCAAGUCUAUAUUCAGCAGAAAGGCCUUGGUGAAGAUGCAACCCCUGAAGGAUGUCGUGGGAAAAGACACAUAUAGAAUAAACAAUAAAUACGAUGAGAUAUACCCCCCUCUCCCCACGGAAGAAGUGAUGCAGCGCUCAGAAUUUGUUAUUGGACAUGAGGUAGCAUAUGACAUUUUUGACAACAACUGUGAACAUUUUGUGACUUUGCUUCGCUAUGGAGAAGGAUGUUCAGAGCAGGCCACCCGGGCAAUAAGCACCUUUGAGAUCGUGACAGCUGUUGCUGGCGGUGCCUUCUCGUUCCUGGGCUUGCUGCUCAAAAGACAGAAGGCAAACUGCGCUUAACCAUUUACUGAAGAGGUAUUGGAACUGAAGGGUUUUGUGAGAAGGAAAACAAAACAGAAAUCCAGAAUGAAUACUUAUUUUCACUGAAUUGUCGUUCCAGAUUCCAGUGACAGAUAGCAGGCACUUUAAUAAAUUGCUUUCCAAUAUUGUCUCA